CGAGUACACAAUGCAAUCCUCAAGAAGUAUGUUUGUAAGAUUUGGCUUCAUUAGGGCAUUAUUUUGGCGUAAAAUGGAAAGAAAGAAGUUUAGAAUCCAAACCUCAGAUUAUUGAAUGACUAUUGAGAAGACCAUGAGCCAGAUAGGAGUCGUUGGUGGUGAUUGAAGAACAUCUAAAAUCUGGAAAAACAAUUCCAAAUCUGAAAACGAUGCGAAAAUGACAGCAAAACCAUGUGGGUACUGGAUGGCUUUAAAUUUCGAAUCAUUAACUGAGGCAACAUCUGGAGCCAUUGGUGCUUUGGUUAGCACCACUGUGUUGUACCCUUUAGACACUUGUAAAACCAAGUAUCAAGCUGAAGCUCGUUCUCGACAUCAACAAAGAUACAGGAACCUUUCAGAUGUUUUAUGGGAAGCCAUACAUAAUGGUCAAGUUCUUUCUCUAUAUCAGGGUUUAGGGACAAAGAACUUGCAAUCUGUUAUACAACAGUUUGUUUAUUUUUAUGGAUACAGCUUUCUAAAGAGGCUUUACCUGAAGAGAAGUAAUUCUAAGUCUAUGGGCACAGUGGCAAACUUGAUUGUUGCUGCUGCUGCAGGGGCUUGCACCAGUAUUAUUACACAGCCUUUAGAUACAGCAUCAUCCAAAAUGCAAACGAGCGAGUUUGGUAAGUCUAAAGGGCUCUGGAAGACCCUCACUGAAGGCAAAUGGAGUGAUUCCUUUGAUGGACUUGGCAUCUCUCUUCUGUUGACCGCAAAUCCGUCUAUCCAGUACACAAUUUUUGAUCAACUCAAAAACAGACUCCUAAAAACCAAUAGCAGAAAGUCGGACUCAUCCCCACAAGCUCUAUCUGCUUCUGCUGCAUUUUUACUGGGAGCUCUCUCCAAGACUAUUGCCACCUGCUUGACAUAUCCAGCAAUUAGGUGUAAAGUUGUGAUUCAGGCAGCAGAGACAGAAGAAGAGAAGCUGCCAGAAACACAAAAGAAAGCUCGUAAAACAAUCUCGAAAGUAUUCUACAACAUUUGGAAAUAUGAAGGAAUAUCGGGAUAUUAUAAAGGUUUACAGGCGCAGAUUUUGAAGACUGUUUUGAGCUCUGCCUUACUUCUGAUGAUAAAAGAGAAGAUUACAAAGAGUACUUGGGUUAUAAUGCUUGCUCUUAGAAGAUACUUCUCCAAAACUAGUCCAAGAUUGAAAAGCUCAUAAUUCUAUCGCUCAAUCAUCGAAGUUUUUAUCCGCUGGGAUUAUCGUGUAAAGAAAGAUUAUAUUAGGUUUGCUAUGCUCUGAAGAAUUUUGUCAAUAAUGCAAAAAGAGCUUGCUUAAAGUAGGAGAGAUUAUCCUACUGGUCUUAGAUUACAUGAAGGGAUUGAUUGUUUGUUUUUCCUAUACCUAUAAAUGAAAUUGUAUUUCUAGUUGUCAUUUUUUUCCUUUGUAUUUUAUGGUAAUGUCAAAAUCAGUAUGUAUGCUUAAGAACAAGUGUUCAUUCGGGUCAUGGGUUGAUUUCGGGUCAUGGGUUUUGAGUUGGUUUAAUAUAGAGUCUUGUGUCCGCAUUAAUUUAUGUAAAUUUAAUUGCAUUUUAAAGUCGGAUUAAGUCGAAUUCGAUUACAAAGUCGGGUAAAUAUUGGAUCGUUGAAUCUAUUUUGAAUAAACACGAUAAAUGAGCAAUUGUCUUAA